GAAGAAUUGAGGGUCAUGUUAUCAAAAGCAGUUGACAAAGAAAUUAUGGAAACGAUAAUAGAAGGAUAUAAAGGGGUACGUACUAGAGGUAUAAACAAAGUAAAAAGAGAAAAACUAGAUAUACUUUCUAAAAUGAUCAAACUAGAAAGAGAAUAUAACUGUUUUAUGGCUAGAGAAAAUGUAGAUAAAAAGGAUUUAGAAGAAUGUGGAUUUGAUUGUGAUUUAGCUGCUAAAUUGAGAAACGAUAUUUUAAAAGAUUCCUUAUGUCCUAACUCACUUCGUGAUUUUGCUAAAAUUAGACAAGAAAUAAAUCAAGUAUUAGAAGAAGAAUUAAAACUAAGGGAGAGGGAGAGUGAAAGCGCAAUCGUAAGAGAAAACAAACAUGAAAAAGGAAAUGAAAAGGAAUAUAUAAAAAGAUAUGAUGAUGAAUAUGAAGAUAAAUAUGACCAUAAUUGUGAUAGAUAUGAUAUAAACAAAAUAAAUAAUUAUCUAUACAAUGAUUCACAUUCUUAUAUGACAAAAGAAAAUGUUAUAAAACAAAAUAAAGAAAUUUCAAGAAAUCAACAUAUAUCUAAGGAUGCCCAAAUAAACAACAUAGACAAGAAUCAUAUAAGUAAUACAAAUAAAGAGAAGGGAAAAUUAAAUGAAAAGAUAAAUAAUGAUAGCAGAGAAGAAAAAAUUAUUAAAGAAAAUAAUCAUAAUAAUCAAAAUAAUCAUAAUAAUCAUAAUAAUCAUAAUAAUCAUAAUAAUAUUAAUAAUGGUAAUAGUAAGAAUAACCUGGAACGUACCCAUAUUGAAAACAAAGAUUGUAAGAAAAACUCCAAUAUGAUUAAUAUACAAAAAAAUUAUAACAAUGCUAAUCAGAACCAAAAUAUAUCAACUACAAAUAAUAAUAUAAAAUGUAAUAAGAAUGAAAAUAAAAAAGGAGAAUUUACAAAUCUUUAUAAUAUUGUUAAAAAAGAAUUCGAAAUAAGUGAUAAUUAUAAUGAAGAAAAAAGUAUUCAAAAUAAUCACAAUAAAAAUAUUUAUUUAAAUAAUAAUUAUAUGAAAAUAUUAAAAAAUGAAGAAGCUAAUAAAUAUAUAUCUUCUUUAAAAAAAGAUGUUAAUUCAUUAAAUGUUAUCAUAUUAAAUAAUAAUAAACAUUCCAAUGAACAAAAUAAAAAUAUAUCUUCUUCUAUUCAUAAUGAAAAUAUUAAUGAAAAUUUUAAUGAAAAUAGGGAAAAUUAUGUACAUGAACAAAAAAAAAAAAAUUAUAAUAAAAAACAUAUAUAUAAUAUUAUUAAUGAAAAAAACAACCUGAACAAUUCAGGUAAUUCUGAACAAAAAAAUAUAUAUACAAAAAAUAAAAAUAUGAUUAAAAAUUUUAAGUAUGAUAAUAUUAACGAAAGAAUGAUUGAAAAAGAUGAUGGUGUAUAUAGUAUGUAUGAAAAUUAUAAAAAUAACAAUCCAAACAAUAGAAUAAUAUAUUCUGAAGUAAAAUUAGAGAAUAAAAAUACUCGUUAUGUAGAUAAAAAUAUAUAUAAUGUAAAAAAUGGAGAUAAAUUUUAUGAUAUAUAUAGGAGAAAUAAUGACAAAGACAUUAUUAAUAAUAAUAAUAUAAAUGAAAGUGAGAAAUCAUAUCAUUAUAAUAAUAAACUUUAUAAUAUUAAAGAUGAUCAUGUCAUUUAUGAUAACAAACAAUUUUAUUAUACAAAGGACAAUUUAAUUAUACAAAUAAAAAAACACCAUUAA